UCACUCUGGGAACUCUAUGGCUUCAGAAUCUACUAGAUGACGUGUCUGGUGCCGUACAUGGCGAUCUUCCUACCCAGGGCCAAUCCCUCAGUGAUGCCAACCUGAUGUUUGAGUUCUUGUUGGGUGGAGUAGAGAUCGACAAAGACAACAACAUCAUCUUGCUGGACCUGGAGAUGUCAUCUAUGAGGCAGGGACGGACCUUCCUGGCUCGCAUCAACCACAACAUCCCCAAGAUCCUCUCUUCCAUGGAGCAGAUGGUGAAGGACCUGGAGAUGGCAUCCAUGAGGCAGGGACGGGCCUUCCUGGCUCGCAUCAACCACAACAUCCCCAAGACCCUCUCUUCCAUGGAGCAGAUGGUGAAGGACCUGGAGAUGGCAUCUAUGAGGCAGGGACGGGCCUUCCUGGCUCGCAUCAACCACAACAUCCCCAAGACCCUCUCUUCCAUGGAGCAGAUGGUGAAGGACCUGGAGAUGGCAUCUAUGAGGCAGGGACGGGCCUUCCUGGCUCGCAUCAACCACAACAUCCCCAAGACCCUCUCUUCCAUGGAGCAGAUGGUGAAGGACCUGGAGAUGUCAUCUAUGAGGCAGGGACGGACCUUCCUGGCUCGCAUCAACCACAACAUCCCCAAGAUCCUCUCUUCCAUGGAGCAGAUGGUGAAGGACCUGGAGAUGGCAUCUAUGAGGCAGGGACGGGCCUUCCUGGCUCGCAUCAACCACAACAUCCCCAAGACCCUCUCUUCCAUGGAGCAGAUGGUGAAGGACCUGGAGAUGGCAUCUAUGAGGCAGGGACGGGCCUUCCUGGCUCGCAUCAACCACAACAUCCCCAAGACCCUCUCUUCCAUGGAGCAGAUGGUGAAGGACCUGGAGGACCAGAGAGGGGCUAUCCCUCUGGCUGCACCCCACUUUGAGAGCCUCAUCCUGGGCAUAGUUUACUCUGCCCACCAGGCCAAGCUCCAGGAGAGAGAGGAGGACCAGGAGAAAUGGGGAGAGGUGCUGAAACGUUUAGCUAAUGUUACAGUCAACGAACUGCGUAGACCGGAAGCCAUCACAACAUGUUUUAAUAAAGUAUGAACUGUUUAUAAAACGUAACAAUUUAUCACCAGAAACAUAUUAUAUAGGUAUUUUAAGCAUCUGAAACACAAGAUAUGUCUUUUCAGUGUUGUAAGACAUAUUUGAAACAUCUGUGGAUGUUAUGUUGUGUGGAGUCAAAGUCACGAUUGUCCCUGUUUAUAACAAUGGGAAUGGAACAUUUUCAUUAAAACACAUGAUUUGAACAAGACAAAGGUAACAGAUUACAAAUGCAUACAGGUAACUGACUAAAUAAAAUAAACACUUGAGUAAGUGAGCGACUCAGCAAAAAAAAAGAAACGUCUCUUUUUCAGGACCCUGUCUUUCAAAGAUAAUUUGUAAAAAUC